UAUGCUCUUCGAAAAUUUUCAAUUAAGAUGACACGAUAACGCUUUCCAAUAGGUGCUAUAAAACCACCAUUGGGCACCGACCAGGUGGACACUUUCGUUGCGCUGUGUCGUUGGAGGUCGUCAUUUCUCGCCCGAAACUUUGCCAUUGAAUCAUGAAGGGUAUCGCUCUGGUCCUUUUGGCCCUGGUCGUGGCCAUUUCUGCCCGUUGCGUCCGCGACAAUACCGAUGGACAGCCGGGUUGCAAGAAGCAGGAGGAAGUGAGCCAAGGCAUGUGGCGUCACAAUCACGAUCCCACCGCCUAUUGGGAGUGCGAGAAGUUGAACCAGGCAGCUGUUCUUCGGCGAUGCGUCAGCGACUCGGCCUUCCACCCUACGCUGCUGGACUGUGUCAGCUGGGACGAAUGGGAAUGGGAACCGACCUGUGCUCCACUGUCCCGACCGGACAACUGAUCAACGCUUUGGAACCUUGGAUUUGGAUUAUUUUUUAAGCUUCCCGUAGAAUCUAAACACCUGCACAGGAUGUAAUUUUGCCAAGAUUUCAGCAUGCUAGCAAUGAGUUGAUAUGGACGCUACUGUGAUACUGUGAUCGAACCAUCUAUGAAAACUUAGCGCGGCAAUUGGGUUGAGGAGGUUGUCCCCCUAGUUUAAUUCAUCAAUAAAGUCAACUGAAAUGUUCUUCUGAA